AUGUCUUGGAACAUAUUUUUAUUCUCUGUUACAAUAAUUGUUCUGUUUUUAUCAUUGAUAUUCGAUUCAACAUUUGCUGUUCAAUUACUGAACACAUCGUCGGGUAUCUAUGUAGGUCAAACAGCUAAUUAUGGUAAUGUUAUUGUUCAACAAUAUCUUGGAAUUGAAUACGGUCGAAUUAACAAAAGGUUUGAUCGAGCAACAUCUAUUAUACGAGAAAAUGAUCAAAUCAUUAAUGCAACUUCACUUGGACCUUUAUGUAAACCAACAGCAGGUACAUGUUUAGGAAAUACAGGAAUAUAUCCUUUAGGACCAUAUUGUUCAGUUAAUUAUGGUAUUUUUUCUGUUAAAUCAAUUCCUGCUGAGCAAUGUCUUUUUUUAAAUGUUUUUAUUCCGGUGACUCCAAAUAACAAAAGAAAAAAAGCUCUAUUUAUGUGGAUUCAUGGUGGUUCCGGUCAAAUUGGUACAGGCAAUGUAUUUGAUGGAACUGUACUUGCUGCUGUAGGCGAUAUUAUUGUUAUAACAUUCAAUUUUCGUCUAAAUCUUUUUGGUUUUUUAUCAUCAGGUGAUGAUCGUUUAGAAGGUAACCUUGGUUUAUAUGAUCAAUCAUUAGUGCUUGAUUGGAUAUAUACGAAUGGUGAUGCAUUAGGUGGUGAUAUUCAACGUAUUACAGUCGGUGGUCAUUCGGCUGGUGCACCACAUGCUUAUUAUUUGGCAAUAUCACCAUUAAAUAAUGGACGAAUACGUCGAUUAUUAUUACAAAGUGGUAGUCCAUUUCAUGUAUGGUCACAUUUAAAAGCACGAGAUGCAAUGGAAAAAUUUAAUAUUGUUGUUAAUGAUAAUGAAUGUGGAAAUAUGACAACAUUUAAUGAAAAAUUAAAAUGUCUACAAGAACGUGAUUUUGAUUCAAUUGCUGAACAAGAACAUCAUUCAUAUACAAGUGCUAAUCAUACAAAUGUUGUUAUUAAUGGAAAUUUUAUGAGUCGAUUUCAAGAAGUAUUUGAACAAAAUGAUACAUUAGCAAAUGUUGAUAUACUUAUGGGAUCAACAGAUGAUGAAGGUGCUUAUGUUGCAAUAGUACCUAUUCUGAUGGAACAAAAUAAUCAAGACUCAGUAACACUUAAUAAUGUAAAUUUUACUGCAAUAGCGUUAAAAUUUCUUACAGCAAUGCAACCAGAUAAAGCUUGCUUAUAUCAUAAAGCUUUACAAUUAUAUCAUAUUAAUAAUCCUCCAAUAAAUUGUUCUCAAUCAUAUGAUUGUUAUUGUUCACUAUUUUAUAAUUAUUCUCGUCUAAUAAGUGAUAUUUUAUUUAAUAAUGAUUAUUAUCGUUUUAUAGAAGAACGUUUAAAAUAUUCAAAUCGUACAUACAUAUAUCAAUAUUCACAUCGAACAGCACAAGAACAUCCAACACCUUGUAAUGAUUAUUUACAUAAGCAUGAUUUAGUUGGUCAUUUUGCUGAACUUGAAUAUACAUGGGGAACACCAUUAUUACAUAAAAUAAACAGUUCUGAUCAUACAAUAAUAUCAUUAAUAAAAUAUGUUCGAUAUUUAUCAAAUACAACAAUUAAUCGUAAUGUAACACAUAUGUAUACUGAUGAACAAAUUCAAUUUAGUAAACAAUUAAUAGAACAAUGGUCAAGUUUUAUUAAAUAUGGUCGACCAAUGAGUUCUAUAUUUAAAGAUGAAUGGCCACCGAUUAGUAAUAUAUCUACAGCAUAUAUGAUGCAUUUACAAGUUAAUCGAAGUGAAAUUAAAAAAUUAACUAUUCCAUCAAGUGUACAAUUUUGGAGAAAUGAAUGUUCAACAAAGACUAAAAAUUAUAUUACAAUUAUUGAAAAGAGGAAUAAAGCGUCAAUUUUUCGAAUAUCAUUAAUAAUAUUUAUUUCUUCUCUAUUAUCUCAAAAGAUGAUAAGUUUAAUCAAUUCAUUAAUGUGA